CAGCGCCUGAGCUGCGGACACGGGUUAUCGCUUUGGCGUCUGUCACUUCUGUCGCCACCUCCUCUGCCACCAAGACUGGCCUCCGUCAUGAACCCCGACCUUCGCAAGGAGCGGGCCGCCGCCACCUUCAAUCCGGAGUUAAUCACGUACAUCUUGGAUGGCAGUCCGGAGAACACCCGGCGCCGUCGAGAAAUCGAGAACUUGAUUCUGAACGACCCAGACUUCCAGCAUGAAGACUAUAACUUCCUUACUCGAAGCCAGCGUUACGAAGUGGCUGUUAAGAAGAGUGCCACCAUGGUGAAGAAGAUGAGAGAAUUUGGCAUCUCAGACCCUGAAGAAAUCAUGUGGUUUAAAAAACUACAUUUGGUCAAUUUUGUGGAACCUGUUGGCCUCAAUUACUCCAUGUUUAUUCCUACCUUGCUGAAUCAGGGCACCACUGCCCAGCAGGAGAAAUGGAUGCACCCUGCCCAAGAACUCCAGAUAAUUGGCACCUACGUCCAGACGGAGAUGGGCCACGGAACUCACCUCCGGGGCCUGGAGACCACGGCCACAUACGACCCCAAGACCCAGGAGUUCAUACUCAACAGCCCCACCGUGACUUCCAUCAAGUGGUGGCCUGGGGGACUUGGGAAGACUUCCAAUCAUGCGAUAGUUCUGGCUCAGCUCAUCACUCAAGGGGAGUCCUACGGCUUACACGCCUUUGUUGUCCCUAUCCGUGAAAUUGGGACCCACAAGCCCUUGCCAGGCAUCACUGUUGGAGAUAUCGGCCCCAAGUUUGGUUAUGAAGAAAUGGAUAAUGGCUACCUGAAGAUGGACAAUUACCGUAUCCCUAGAGAGAACAUGUUGAUGAAGUAUGCCCAGGUCAAGCCUGAUGGCACGUAUGUAAAGCCUUUGAGUAACAAGCUGACGUAUGGGACCAUGGUUUUCGUCAGGUCCUUCCUUGUGGGAAGUGCAGCUCAGAGUCUGUCCAAGGCGUGCACCAUUGCCAUCCGGUACAGCGCUGUGAGACACCAGUCUGAAAUCAAGCCAAGUGACCCGGAACCACAGAUUUUGGAUUUUCAAACCCAGCAGUAUAAACUCUUCCCGCUCCUGGCCACUGCCUAUGCCUUCCACUUUGUAGGACGAUACAUCAAGGAGACCUACCUUCGAAUUAAUGAGAGCAUUGGUCAAGGGGACCUGAGUGAGCUGCCUGAGCUUCAUGCCCUCACCGCUGGGCUGAAGGCUUUUACUACCUGGACAGCCAACGCUGGGAUCGAAGAAUGUCGAAUGGCUUGCGGUGGGCACGGCUACUCUCACAGCAGUGGGAUUCCAAACAUUUACGUCACGUUUACCCCAGCCUGCACCUUUGAGGGAGAGAACACUGUUAUGAUGCUACAGACAGCUAGGUUCUUGAUGAAAAUCUAUGACCAGGUGCAGUCGGGGAAGUUGGUGGGUGGUAUGGUCUCGUACUUGAAUGACCUGCCGAGUCAGCGGAUCCAGCCACAGCAGGUGGCAGUCUGGCCAACUAUGGUGGACAUCAACAGUCUGGACAGCCUGACCGAGGCCUACAAGCUUCGUGCAGCCAGAUUGGUAGAAAUUGCUGCAAAAAACCUUCAGACUCAAGUGAGUCACAGGAAGAGCAAGGAAGUAGCGUGGAACUUGACUUCUGUCGACCUUGUUCGAGCAAGUGAGGCGCACUGCCACUACGUGACCGUUAAGAUCUUUUCAGAUAAACUCCCCAAGAUUCAAGACAAAGCCGUGCAAGCUGUGCUGAGGAAUCUGUGUCUCUUAUAUUCUCUCUAUGGGAUCAGCCAGAAAGGAGGAGAUUUUCUUGAGGGGAACAUCAUCACAGGGGCUCAGAUGUCACAAGUCAACGGUCGGAUACUGGAGCUGCUCACACUGAUCCGCCCCAAUGCUGUCGCUUUGGUGGACGCCUUUGACUUUAAGGACGUGACACUCGGCUCUGUUCUCGGCCGCUAUGAUGGGAAUGUGUAUGAAAACUUGUUUGAGUGGGCCAAGAAAUCCCCACUGAACAAAACAGAGGUCCACGAAUCUUACCACAAGCACUUGAAGCCCCUGCAGUCCAAGCUUUGAAGCUUUCCUGGGGACAAGUCUGAGCUCCACAAAGCAACGGAAAAUCUCUCCUUGAUUGACUAAUCCUUGCGAAAUCGUCAUCAAAUUUGUGUAGCUAUAGAGCAAAUGAUGGGUUGACCUUUUCCUCUCUAUAAGUAAAGAGAAAUGAACAGACUUUAGAGAUUCAAUGAGAAAGUCAGCAUUUUACGUGUAGUAAUGCAGACAGAGACUUAGGAACCCAGAGAGCUUGAGAGCUGUGGGCUUGUGUUUAUUUGUACUGCUGCUAACCUCUGUAGGCCUUGACUCUGGGGGAAUUAACAGAUUAACUACAAAUACUUAGCUAUUUUCACAUUUUUACUGCUAAUCACUGAAUAUAUGUUUUUUAAACAAAGGUGUGAUAUAGAGUAGAACUUUCCAGACUUUCUGAUCUCCCACUAAGAACAGGAGUUUAGGGGCCGGAAACUAAUAGAAACCCUGGUGUGGGUCCGUGGCCGGUACAUAUGCCCCUGCUGCCUGUUGUGUGGGUGUGUCACCCUUUUUAACUGUCACAUUACCAUAGUCAACAAGAGGACUCCUUAAAUUACCUACCCACUGAGAAACCAGAGCUCCCUCCCGAUGGGAGUGAGCACCUGCUCCAGGCUCAGCCUUCCUGGUAGUGGGCCUGCACCCUUUACUCCACCUUCUGACAUAGUUAAGUUGCUUGUCUUUACCUCCAGGCUUUCGCCCAUUGCCUGGGCUUCAAUCAUGGUGGCUGACCUUCCCUUGCUUGCUUGCCUUCUCCUGGAGGAGAUAAUAGAGAUAAUAACCAGUUUUUCUAAGUCUAGGGAGAGCCCUCAGCUAUGGUAUUACUGUAUUUUGGUGACUUUGUUAAGUAAAUUUCCUGGGACAAUCCAGAUUUGAAAGAUUCUGUCUUCUUGUUGUCAUAGCUAUUAAAAUGCUCAGUGGUCACCAAAGUCUUUGACAUAAAAAAAAAUAAAUCGGGGUUGGGGAUUUAGCUCAGUGGUAGAGCGCUUGCCUAGCAAGCGCAAGGCCCUGGGUUCGGUCCUCAGCUCUGAAAAAAAAAAAAAUAAAAAAAAAAAAUAAAUCACUCAGGUCACCUUUUACACCAGAAAUAACAGGAAAGCCCUGGGCCACAGCCAUCUGCUGAGAGUGUUAGCUGAGGAGGUGGAUCAAGAGUGAGUGCUGGCUGUGGGGGUUUCCUGCUGAGCAGCUGCCUCUGUGGUAAGCUGCUAGCAGUCUUAAGAGGCAGUAAAGCGGCCCCUUCAUAUGCACAGCAGCCUCUAUAAUCAUUCUGACUUUAAAGCUGAAACCUGCACCUUUUGUAGUAUAUGUGUGUAUGUAUUUUUUUGUGUGGUGAUUUUUUUUUUUUCUUGAGACAGGGCCCAGAGUGGCCUUGAACUCUGAUCCUCAGCCUCCCAAAUGCUGGGGUUACAGGUGUGUGCCGACAUGCCUGGCUAAUUGGAAUUCUUGGUCCUUAAAAGCACAGUAGAGAGAUCAUUGUAACCUAUAAGUCUGUAUCUGUGACAUUUCUUUUAGAACAGUUCUGAGAACACAGUAUAAAUGGAGUGGAAAUAUCGACCUCUGACAUAAAAUCAAAAACAUCAGAUUUGUUGACACAAGCCUUAACCUUUCUCCUGGAAUGACUGAUAAUCCCUGAAUAUUGACAAUAAACAGUGUGUCACCUUGUUGGGAUUUCUAUUGACAGUAAUUCAUAUUCUGGAAAAUAACAAAUAAAUUUAAAUGACUGAA